CGCGACGGCUGCGCGGCCGGCUACGUGUUCGCGCGCGAGCCACAACACGUCUCACCUCACCCACACCCACUCUCUUCUUCUGCUUCCUCCCACGCCGCGAGAGCGCGCGCGCACACGCCCCCGCCAUGGCUCUCCCCACCACCUCCCCCCUCGCCGCGGCCGCAGCGAGGCCCUGCGCGUUCCCGACGCCGUGGAGAUGUCGCUCGCCCCCUCUUCGCCGCCUCCCGCACGUCUCCUGCCAGGCGAACCGAGGGGGUUCUCGGGACGGCAAUUCGUUGAGCACCUCGGCGGCGGCGGCGGCGGCGGCGUCGCCGCCGCCGAGGUGGCGUGCCGCGGUGUCCGCGGCGCUCGCGGCGGCGAUUGUGUCCGCGGCGCCGGCCUACGCGGAUCUUAACAAGUUCGAGGCGGAGCAGCGUGGGGAGUUCGGCAUUGGCUCCGCUGCGCAGUUUGGGUCGGCCGACCUCAAGAAGGCCGUCCAUGUUAAUGAGAACUUCAGGCGGGCAAACUUCACUGCUGCUGAUAUGAGGGAGUCAAAUUUCAGUGGUUCCACAUUCAAUGGUGCCUAUCUUGAAAAGGCUGUUGCUUAUAGAGCAAAUUUUACUGGUGCAGAUUUGAGUGAUACCUUGAUGGAUCGCAUGGUGCUCAAUGAAGCUAACCUUACAAAUGCUGUGCUUGUACGGUCAGUCCUUACGCGUAGCGAUCUUGGUGGAGCAAUCAUUGAAGGUGCAGACUUCAGUGAUGCUGUUAUUGACCUGACACAGAAACAGGCUUUGUGCAAAUAUGCAAAUGGAACAAACCCUUUAACAGGGGUCAGCACACGGAAAAGCCUUGGAUGCGGCAACAGUCGCCGAAAUGCAUAUGGGAGCCCUUCCUCCCCUCUUUUGAGUGCUCCACCACCCAAACUUCUGGACCGUGAUGGUUUCUGCGAUGAAGCAACUGGUAUGUGUGACGCAAAAUAAAAGAAGAAUUAUCCAGCAUACUGCAGAAAUUGAGCACUGAAUGCUGUAUAUACAUUGGAGACUGAACAAAAGACAAAGCAGAUCGGUUCAGGAUUCAGAGAAAUUGUUCUCGUUUUGCGAAUGUUGUAGCAUUGCAGAGAGAUCAGGUAAACUAGGACUGUAGACAAGUUAUGUGUACUGAACGACUGAUGCCGUAUAUAUAUGUAUAUCAAAGUGUUGCCGAAUUCAUUCCUUGCAUAUCUACUGGUUACUGCUUGCACUAGCUAAUAACCAAUGGAGUGCUUCUGUCAGUAAAUAAACUUAUCAUUCUUUUCAA